UUCAGGCUCCAAAGGAGGUAAAGACGUAAGCCAGAAACGAGCCAAGAAAUCCUCUAGUUUCAAUCUGUUCCCUGAAAACCCACGAAGGAACAAAGUGACACAGUGAGCAUCGAUGCAUAUGAGCUUGGAACACCAAUCACACGCUUAACACAUGAAUUGGUGGCUUUUCCAAGACUCAUUUAUCAAGGAACAAAGAAAGUCGUGGGUACAAGGAGUCUCAUGCAUACCUUUCCCGUCACGUGUAAUUUGACUACCAGCAACCACUUUAUUCCAUAAACAUGACAGCCCAAGUGAGACUUCUUUGAGUUCUCCCGGCUAAGCAGCCUGGCUGCAUGGCCACGAUCUCCCCUUGAGCUGGGACACCUCUCAAGAUUGCUCCUCAAGGCAGAGAGACCUUUUACCAACAGCAGAUCUUUGGGUGUGAAUCCUCAGCUCCGGAUUAACGGGCCGAUGAACAUCAACCACUACGCGACGAAGAAGAGCGUGGCGGAGAGCAUGCUGGACGUGGCGCUGUUCAUGGCGAACGUCACGCAGCUCAAAGCCGUGCUGGAGCAGGGGACUUCCUUCCAGUACUACACCACCCUCAUCGUGCUCAUCAGCAUCUCCCUCUUCUUCCAGGUGGUGAUCGGGAUUCUCCUCAUCAUCACUGCUCGUUUGAACCUGAAUGAUGUUGCAAAGCAACCCCGCCUGAAUAUACUCAACAAUGCUGCCACAGCUCUCAUCUUCAUCACGGUCAUCCUCAACAUCUUCAUCACAGCCUUUGGGGUGCAGAAGACUGGCCUCUACCCUACCAGGAAUUUUCGACCUUAUUAAGUCAUGGGGAAAUAAAGUCAGGAUCUGAGCAGCUCGGCUGGCGGGGAAACCUCUCCUCCUCCACGCUUUCGCUGGCCUCAGCAGGAGCCCAUCGGCGGAUCCAGAGAACUGGGUUAAACUUUCAAAACUGUGCGCGUGUCAUGGUAUGCUGCCCCCUGGUCGUAAUGCUUCUGCAGUUCUGAAGGGGUAGAAACAUUGCCUUUCAAAGCUAGAGCAAACUUUGCUAGAGGAAGCUGCGGGAACAGCAGCAGGUACCCAAUUUCAAAGCACAGUUCUGUAAAUCUCAUCUCUUAUUUUAGUUGCCUGCUUCACAUAUUCAAUAUUGGCUCAUUUUGUAGAGAAGACCCAACGAUUUACUUUGUAGGCUAAAUAAACAAGAAAAGUCCAGCUUUUCUGUCUCAAGCAUAAGUUGUUAUAAAGUAAUGCUAUCUAAUAGUUUACCUCCCAAACUUUGGAAUGGAUUUCUCAAACUAAAAAAAAAAAAAAUUUCUCAUGGGAGAAUACAAAAGUGUGUGUAUACCAAAGUAGCUAAAACCAGUUCAAAUGUUUUCCUAAGUUGUUUCAAAUUAAAUGUGACACAGUUAAGAAAACAAUCAGAUAUUUCCAGCAUUGGAAAAUUAACAAUGACAGAAAAUAGAUAUUAUGGUCUGAUGUCAUCACCAGGGACCUAUCAGGAAUGAUGUCAGAAUAGCCUGACAAUAUUUAGUAGAAAAUGAAGAAACAUUAUACAUUAGGAGACACUCUAGGCUUAUUGCCACAAUGAGAAAUGACAUGUGCAUAGUGUAUUACUUUAUUAAAAAAACCUAAGGUCUUAUCACUAACAUAAAUGUUUUUAAAUAUAUCAUUUUUAUAUUGACAAUGCUGGGAAUUCUCUUGUACUAGAAGAAUGUUUCCUUAAAAAGAAGUCUUUGAAUUAAUGAUUUUUCAGAUUUUUUUUUAAAAGGUUUUUGAUCCUAAAUUUUAUAACCCCGUAGUCAUGCUAAAAGAUUGAUAUUUUAAUGAUCUGGUGUAAACCUAUUUAAAUAAUGACAUGCUUUUCUGAUUAUUAAAUAAUUUUUUCAUUGUACAGCAGAA